AUGCAAGAUCUUCGUGAACCUCAUCUUGCAGCUGCUUUACGGGUUCUUCGUUAUUUGCUCAAAGAUCCUAGUCUUGGUCUAUUUAUGUUUGCAUCUGCUUCUUUCAAAUUGAUGGCCUUUUGUGACUCCGACUGGGAUACUUGUCCAAAUUCACGAAGAUUAGUGAGUGAAUUUUAUAUUUCUCUCGGGUCUUCUCCUAUUUCAUGGAAAUCUAAGAAACAAACAUCAAUAUCUCUUAGUUCUGCUGAAGCUGUGUAUAGAUCUAUGAGAAGGGUUGUAAUCGAGCUUACUUGGUUGUUUCGCCUAUUUGAUGAUCUCUCAGUUUCGAUCUCCUUGCCCACUUCACUCUGA